UUCCUUCAACUCUCAUCCUCUUCCUCUCAGUGCAUUUGUGCUGUUGUUGCAGCUGUAUCUAUACUGCAGUCUCUCACCACCAGCCUCCCUCCCACCACACUUUUAGUGCCGCAUUGCUGUAUCAAAGUGGGGCGAGUUUAUUACACACACAGACUUGGGCUGUGCUGCCACCCUUGCAGGAGCACAGGGUGUCUGAGGGGCGAGCAGACAGAAAAGCAGCAAACUGUAAACAGAGAAGCAGCAAAACUGUGCCUAGCGUUUCUUCCUACCCUGUGUGAUCAUGGGGAAGGAGAAGAUCCACAUUAACAUCGUGGUCAUCGGCCAUGUGGAUUCUGGGAAGUCCACCACCACUGGCCACCUCAUCUAUAAGUGUGGAGGGAUUGAUAAAAGAACCAUCGAGAAGUUUGAGAAAGAGGCCGCUGAGAUGGGGAAAGGUUCCUUCAAGUAUGCCUGGGUUCUGGACAAGCUGAAGGCAGAGAGAGAGCGAGGCAUCACAAUAGACAUCUCACUCUGGAAGUUCGAGACUACCAAGUACUACAUAACUAUAAUAGAUGCACCGGGACACAGAGACUUUAUUAAAAACAUGAUCACUGGGACGUCUCAGGCAGACUGUGCAGUUCUUAUAGUGGCAGCUGGUGUUGGUGAAUUCGAGGCGGGCAUCUCUAAAAACGGUCAAACUCGGGAACACGCCCUACUGGCGUACACGCUGGGCGUCAAGCAGCUGAUUGUAGCCGUCAACAAGAUGGACUCCACAGAGCCGCCCUACAGUGAGAAACGCUAUGAUGAGAUUGUUAAGGAAGUAAGCGCCUACAUUAAGAAGAUCGGCUAUAGCCCCGCCUCCGUACCCUUUGUCCCUAUUUCAGGUUGGCAUGGCGACAACAUGCUUGAAGCAUCGUCUAAUAUGCCGUGGUUCAAAGGCUGGAAACUGGACAGAAAGGAACAGCACGCCGGUGGUGUUACUCUGCUGGAAGCUCUUGAUACCAUCAUGCCUCCAACACGACCCACUGACAAACCCCUGCGUUUACCCCUACAAGACGUCUACAAGAUCGGAGGUAUAGGGACUGUACCAGUGGGAAGGGUGGAGACAGGCAUCCUUCGUCCCAGCAUGGUGGUGACCUUCGCCCCAGUGAACAUCACUACCGAGGUGAAGUCAGUAGAGAUGCAUCACGAGUCUCUGAGCGAAGCGUUUCCGGGUGACAACGUGGGCUUCAAUGUGAAGAACGUGUCGGUGAAAGACAUCCGAAGAGGAAACGUGUGCGGGGACAGCAAAUCAGACCCGCCCCAAGAAGCAUCAGCCUUUACAGCACAGGUGAUCAUCUUGAAUCAUCCAGGACAGAUCAGUGCUGGUUACUCUCCUGUGAUAGACUGUCAUACGGCUCACAUCGCCUGCAAGUUUGCCGAGCUUAAAGAGAAGAUUGAUCGCCGCUCGGGCAAGAAGCUGGAGGACAACCUGAAGAGCCUAAAGUCUGGAGAUGCCGCCAUUGUGGAAAUGAUCCCAGGAAAACCAAUGUGUGUGGAGAGCUUCUCUCAGUAUCCUCCACUGGGUCGCUUUGCUGUCAGAGAUAUGAGGCAGACUGUUGCUGUUGGUGUCAUCAAAAACGUGGACAAGAAGAUUGGCGGAAGCGGAAAAGUCACCAAAUCUGCCCAGAAAGCUCAAAAAGCUAGCAAAUAAAUGUCUGAAAUGUAGCUUUUCGCUUUAGGCCACAUCCAGCUCAAACAACCAAUCGGCUGCCCCGCUUUCAUCUGGGCAUGCUCAGUCUGUUCCUUCACGUUUGCUUGAACUUAUCUGCGCUAACCAACUGGAUGCAACUGCUGGAGGUUAAUUUGACUGAAGAAAAUAAUGGAGGACUGAAAUUAUAAUAAAUAUUUUGACUGGUCACACUGUAUAUUCAGACUGUUACACAUGUUGUGCAUGGACAUUAACAUGAUAUAUGCACGGCAUCUACUGAAUGAGUGUAGUAUUGCUGAGAAUUGUGUAUGUGUAUGUGUGUUGUGUAAAGUUGAAGGAUGUGGAGAAUGUUGGAGGAUAAACUUUGAUAUGGAAAUAACAAUAAUGAUUAAGAUAUUCAAAGUAAAGAAACAGCUGCUACAGUAAAUAUUUUGUAUAGUUUGUAAUUAGAGGCUGAUCCAAUCCAAAGCAACCAUUCGUCUCCUCCUAUCGAGUCUUAAUAAUAAGACAAGAAUACUGACCAUUUGUUGCCAAAACAACUUAUGAAUAAAUGAAAUAUUGCGAAUAAAUCUAAGUUUAUAAAUUAAAUAUGCUCUUAGUGUGUGUAAAUGAUCU